GCAGCUGCUCAGACUUUGCCCCUCCUGCAGGAAACUGUCGCUCAGCCGCCGAUGCUGCGACCAGCCGAGGAGCUUCACAGCAACCACUCCUCUCACUGCAGGUGUUCAUCAUGAAAUCUUCAGCACCACCUCCUCCAUCAGCAUCUUCAGCAUCAGCAUCUACCUCAGUCACAGCUGUGAAGCAGCUGGUCUCCUCUUCAUCUCCUCCUCCUCCUCCUUCUAGUCUGUCUCUAAGAAGUCCAGAGCUGCAAGCAGAGUUUCUAAGAGAGCGCCGGAACAAGUUUCAGUCUCCCAGCGACACCAGUGAAUCCAGCGGGGUCUCCUCCACCACCUCCCCCCUAUCCUCCCCCUUCAGCCUCACUCCUUCCUCGUCCCCCUCCAGCUCCUCAUGCUCCUCACCGUCCCCUGGCUUUGACAACAGACAAGCUCGUCUGUCGCUGUCCAGCCCCGAGCUCCUCUCUGAGCUGAAGGAAUCCAGGAACCGCUCCCUCCGACAUGUCCCCGCCCACAAGGGGAUGACCACUGUCUUCUCAGGGCGAGGACGAGGACAGACUUCUGGCUCCACCCCGCCCACCACCCCAGCCAAUCAGAGAGUUUCUCGCUGACUUUACGAGUCAACCUGACCCAGACUGUGGACUCUAAUUCUGCUUUAGUAAUUAUUUAAUGCAGCGCCACAAGCUGAAUGGUAUCAAUGCUGAAAGUGGACACACUCAUCAUCCUCGCCUGUCCUCAAACCAAGAACAGAGAGCCUGAGGAGAUUUUUACAUGCUCACAAUUCAAAUCAAAAGCAUUUAUUUAAUGCGGCCUCUGCAGGCUGGACUGUAAAUGUACGAGCUAGUUUCUGCUUAUCUCACUGCUGAGGGUCCUGAAGACCAAAGCUUGAAGGUACAAGUUGGUGUUGACUGAGCUCGAGCUCAGAUUGUCUAAUGAGGCAGCUCCUGAACGGUUAUUAUUUUUCCAUCCAUGCAAACACUGAUUCGCGUGUUUUCUUGCAUAUACACAUGAAAAAAGUUGUUUUUUCAUAUUACAGUACACAUUGUUGUCAGAGUUUCUAAUUCUGAGGUAAAUGGACUGUAUGUAAACCUGUGAGCAAUUAAAACUCCUGUUCCAAUGAUUUCUUCAGCCACUUUUGUGGUCCAGGAUUCAGCCAAUCAGAAUUCUGUUUCAGAGCACCUUCCUACAGGACCGAGUGAUGAAGCUUCAACCAAAACUCACUUCCUCUAAUGUCCAAACACCAAAAGGAACUCCAACCCCAUCAAUGCCCGUGUCCAACAUGUUUACAGCCUGAUACAAUAAAAAUCAAU